CCACGCGCCGUGCCGUCCCGCUGAUUCUAUCCCCUAAGACACCUUUGGCAAAGCCUGAUGUCCACGUUUUUUUCUCAGGUUGUAGCGCAGUUUUUAGGACACUGUUCGUGUUCUUCUAAUGGGGAUUGACGAAAACGCAAAAUGGCGCUUUUUUUUGAAUGGCUCAAUAAAUAUUUAGUGUUUUAUUCCUGCGUUUCACCGUAGCCCGGGCCGGGGGCGGCCGGAGAAGAGUGUUGGACGGGGGGAGUGUCGCCUGUGUGUCCACUCAGUGUCACACGAAACGAGACCGGGGACAAAGGGGCCAGACGAUCAUCAUGCCUCCGAUUUAGAGCUUAAAAAGCCCGGAGCGUACGCAUGCGGUUCCGUCGCCGACGCGGCUUUUUGCGUAGACAGCGCCGAGAAUCCCGCCGGAGGAGCCGCUGAGAGGAGCGCAUUGUGCGUAAGAGGAGCCCGCAAAGUGCGUCCUGGAUCCCGUGCUCUGCGUGGAAGAAGUGAAUAAGGAGCUGUCGAAUUUGGAUGAUCGCAGAGGGGGGUGUUUUUUCGCAGCAGAGUGGCUAACUGCGAUUUGGCUGAAGACAGAAGGUGCGAGAGAGCGCCCGGCGAAUGCCUUCAUGCCGGAUAGAACGAAAUGCCAUUAUGACUCAAAAUAAACGGAUGACAUCAUUUAAACGAAUAUAUAACAAACUUUCGCCGCUCUUCUGCAGACAGUGGGGUUUCAAUAAAAAGCAUUAACUACGCACUGAGCGGUGACUUUUGGGGGAGGAAAGGGCAGAUGCAAAUCAACCGGCUGCGGAUUUUGAGAAGGAAAAUGACUUGUUGUUGUUGUAGGCUGCAGAUGUGCUCAGAAAAAUAGGAGGCGUUGCUGCUCACGCCCGAUCUGACUCCGCAUCGGCUGUGGAGCGCAGAACACAGAAGGAGCGACCGAGCGAGCGAGCGACCGUUCGCGGAGACCUGGAAGUUUCGGAUGCAAGUAAACAACUGGCGUGGGCUACUACAUGUCACGGAACCUUAUGUGCGGUUCGUGCUGAAGCGUAUGGGUCCUGCGUGCUCAAGAUCCCCACUCCCACACAACAGAAUAAUCGCUGUCUCUGCCGUGGUCGAAGAGUGCAGCGCAGCGCGGCUAGCGUUAGCGUUAGCUUCGCGGUCCUCGUCUGCCAGACCAGUUACCUUUGGCUUUGCUAUACUUUAGCCGUCCUCGUCUUAGUUUAUUUUGGAUUCUGAAUGACUCAAGGGAAAGCCGAGCGAGCCGCUCCUGCUGCGACCCGUGUUCGGUGAGGGGGGGGUCUCUCUAACCUUUGAAUAAUCUGGGCUCCAUUGGAAUUAGUGCGUUUUGUGCUAGUCCACAGCUGGCAAAGUCUCUGCGAAAAGAGCGUAAGCUCAUUGCGUAAAGUACGCGCUCGGCGUAAAGGCGAGGGUCGGGUGACUUUGCAGUCUUUUUCUUCUCAUCCCCGCCCUCGGCGGUCGGAGUGUAGGAAGUAACGUAAAGUACGCUGGGUGUCAGGCUUAGGAAAAGAGAGAAGGUGGAGCGCUGUACGUCGUACGUGCUGACGCAGUGGGAUUUCUACGUCUGGUCGGCGUUUCACCCCGCCCCUCCCGCGCUGACGGCGAUGGGUCGGAAGCGGUGUGUCGGUGCAGAUUGUUCCAAGAUGGCGGCGGGGUGUUGUGGGGUGAAGAAGCAGAAGCUGUCGGGGUCCCCUGGGUCGGGGGGCCCUGGCGGGGUGGGGAGCGGGGUAGCCGGGACGGGACAUUGCGGCUCGGACUUGGGGAUUGGUUCUUCGUCGACUGUGGCGGCGGCGGGCAGCGUGAAUCGGGUGAAUGGCCUUGGGGGUCCUGGGGGUAGUUGUAGCAGCAACAGCAACGCGUUGUCCCCAACUCCCGGAGGCUACAACUCCACCGGCCUCUCCCCGAAUCUGAGCCCCGGAUCCGGCUCCGGCAGCGGGGGCAGGAAGAUGGUGGUUUCGGCGGAGAUGUGUUGCUUCUGUUUCGACGUGCUUUAUUGCCAUCUGUACGGAUACCAGCCACCCCGAACACCCAGGUUUACAAACGACCCUUACCCGCUGUUCGUCACUUGGAAAACAGGGCGGGACAAGCGGUUGAGGGGCUGUAUAGGUACAUUUUCUGCCAUGAACCUGCACUCAGGCCUCAGGGAGUACACCCUCACCAGUGCCCUUAAAGACAGCCGCUUCCCCCCUAUGACGAGGGAGGAGCUGCCACGCCUCUUCUGCUCAGUGUCUCUGCUCACCAACUUUGAGGACGUUGGUGAUUACCUAGACUGGGAGGUGGGCAUCCAUGGCAUUAGGAUAGAAUUUUUCAAUGAAAAAGGAUCAAAGCGUACCGCCACCUACCUGCCAGAAGUUGCAAAGGAGCAAGGAUGGGACCACAUUCAGACCAUAGAUUCCUUACUACGGAAGGGAGGCUAUAAAGCCCCCAUCACAAACGACUUCAGGAAGACCAUUAAGUUGACCAGGUAUCGUAGCGAGAAGAUGACGAUGAGCUACGCCGAGUACAUCGCCCACCGCCAGCAUCACCACUACCAAAACGGCAUUGGGCACCCCCUCCCCCCUUACAACCAUUAUUCCUGACACCGAGCCGCAUGACCAAUCACUGGACCUCUCCACGGACCUCUUCCCAGGAGAACCCGCCCCUUCCUGGUCUAGCUAUCUCUACUACUGUACCAUUUUAUGAUGAUAGUUUCCGUUGUCAUGCUGACCAUCUUUUAAGAGGCAGCAUGGCAGCGGGUGGCAAGAGCAUCAUUUGAUUCUGACAAGAGGAAAAAAAACUUUUUCGUUUAAUCCUUCUAUUACAUAGUUUUUGCAGCAUAUGUACCUAUACAUAAAAUUCUUGUUCAUUUUUUAAUACUAGAUUUUAAUUUUUUCCCAAAAAUCUUAAUCAGGUUUAUUUUGUCUGUGGAUGGAAGGAUGUCAAGGAUGAUGGGAUAAACUUGCAAAAAGCUAUUUUUAGUUUCUGUAUGCUUAGCUUAGCAGUGCAUUUAUAUAGGGAAGGUAGAUUUUUUUUUUUUCUGUUUUUAUCAUCUAUUAACCAAACGGUGUGCGUCUUGUUAGAAAACCGCCGGUCCUAAGGCUUUUGUGUGUUUUCUAGAAUUUUUGACUCUUGUGAAGGUUGGUGCGGUUUUGUGAAUUGUUGUAAGUUAGCUUUAUUAAUCUUGAUGUAGGUUCUUGUAUAACCCAGAGCGUGAUUUUGGUGCUCUCGUGUAGGCCCCAGCUUAGACCCACUCUUUCUUUACUAACAGUUAUAAUUGCAGACCAACCAGACUGAAAUUAAAAGCACUAGGUAAAUUAGUGAUUGGAUAACACCAUUUUUUUGUGGUUGCAAAAAUGGCUGAUGUGCCUUUGGUGUCCACUGUUUUACAAUUAAAAUAGGCAAAUUUUUGAUUUGUAUUAGAUCGGCUCAGGUUAACAGUAACUUUUUCAGCUUUCUUUUCACUAGAGAAAAUGGUGGAACAAGCCAUUAUUUGUGGAAGUUUCUUUCUCAGUGGAGGUUCUCAGUACCUCACUUAUUUUAUACCUGGAACUUUCUCAUUAGCAGCAAGUGGUUAGGUGUGGUCCUCAGGGCAAACGCUUCUUUGCCACCUGGACCUUGUGGCUGGGGCAGGAAUGGCAGUGAACAAUUUCAAAGACGGCAUGAUCACUGUGCUUCUCCAAGACCUCCUCUUGAGACCUUAACCCCCAUCGCUUGGAGGGAAACAUUAGGAAGACUAAGUUGGUUUGACAAGAAAAAGCUUCGACCUUCUUAAAAGCCAUAUUUUCUUCAGAUGCUUUGUUGUCAAGAGUGGUUGGCUGGCUCGGGUAGUCUUCCUUAUUCAUGGUCUUUGUCUGUUUACCAAGUAAACUGGAUAAGGCAUUGUAGGAUUGUGCCAGGGCUCAGGUUCUGCUUUUGGCCUGCUGAUUCAAGGUCCUUUCUGCUGCAUGAGCUGUGUGUUAGUGAUCUCUUCUGCCAGCAACCUUGGAUCCGUAGUAGUUUUCUGCACGUUCUUCAGGAUUUUCAGGUCUGUGCUUUUGCCCGGUGUUAGCACUGAGCAGGUGGGGAAUACCUCAAGGCACCUUUUAGGCCUCGCACAUGUCACCGAGGGUAACUGUUAUUUCAUGAACAUUUUACUUGAUCGGGUAUUCUCACAAAGCGUUAUGUAGCCUACGCAACUGCUGCAUUUUGCCUCCGUUACACUUUGGGAUGCUUGAAGUAGGCAUUCACAAAUGUUUACUGUAAGCUACCAGCAGCAGCAGUGGUUGGCAUGUAGGUGGCAUUACAUGGUGCUUUCAGGUGAAGUCUGUCUUGUCUUUCCUUCUAGACCGUAUUGAUCAUGCAUUUGCCAGACCGACACCUUUAUGCUUCUUGUAUGUGGUCAAGAGGAAGGGUUUUGCUCCGGUUGGUGACUUGUGUGUAUUGUGUUGAGUCCUAGCUGGGAUUGUCUGAAAUAACUGCAGGAGGAGCUUGGAAGGGAUCAGUAAGCCAUCUUGGAUAUAUUUGGGUUUUAUUUUCACAAGUAAGAGAUGGAUGCUUUGUGUUGGGAGCAGUGACAAUGACAUUCUCCAUUUAUAGGAUACCGUUUCCUAAGUUUGGAAGGUUUUAUUUUGGAGUAUUUGGUUUGCAUUUGCAAGACUUCCAUCUCAUGAACAUCAUGAGCAUUACUGAAUGUCUUAAGAUGUCUUAUGCACUCUUCUGAGAGAAUAUACGUAGAUAUAUAGUAUUUUGUUUCCUUUUGCAAAGCAAGAAGGGCUUUAGGAUUCCAUCCACAGUAACCCUAGAGUUCCCAGAACCUAAAGAGAAUGACCUGUUUCAGUUGUGUUGCCUUACUGGGUGGUUUAACCAACCAGGGACCAGCAGAUGAAUGCCACAGGUGCUCUGCUAUUGAAAGAUUGUCAGUUUGGAUGGCAAAUCAGCUACAUUGCUUUAAUUCAAGACAUAAAAAUAAGUGCUUUAUGGCUGCUACAAAACCCAAAGCUGCGAAAAGCUCAUACCAGCAUGUUCACUGGGACCUACAUUUUUUUUUUUCCUCUGAGGGUGGGGUGGGUAAAAUUUAACCCGUAGCAUGCCUUAGGUUGUCUGACAGAAUCGUCCUAUCAUCCUUGUAAGGGAUGUUCCUAGUAUGUACUUGCACACUAGAUCAAAAUAAUAUUAUGAUUGGAGAUUAA